ACUAGCUAGCAAGAAAUUCUCCUUUAAUCUGGGCCAUUUUUUUUUUUCUCUUGUUCAAUUUUUUUUUUUUUUUUGAAAGACCUAGCUAGAGAAAGAGAAAAGAAGCCAUGGCACCCGUGAUUUCUACUGACAAUCCAGUGGCUUUUGCUUUUGGACUUCUAGGUAAUGUGGUGUCCUUCGUGGUUUUUCUAGCUCCACUGCCAACGUUUUAUAGGGUGUUAAAAAAAAAAUCGACUGAAGGGUUUCAAUCAGUUCCAUAUGUGGUUGGCCUAUUCAGCGCUAUGAGUUGGAUAUACUAUGCAACAUUGAAGUCUGAUGCUUUCCUUCUCAUGACUAUAAAUGCAUUCGGUUGUGUCAUAGAGACUGUUUACAUUGCUAUCUUCCUUGCUUAUGCACCGAAACAAGCAAGGAUGUUAACUCUGAGGCUACUUAUUUUGUUGAAUUUUGGGGGAUUUUGCUUGAUUCUACUUCUCUCCCACUUUUUAAAAGGACAAACCCGGCUUCAUGUUCUUGGUUGGGUUUGUGUUUCGUUUUCAGUGUUUGUCUUUGCUGCACCUUUAAGCAUUGUGAGACUGAUCAUACGCACAAAGAGUGUGGAGUUUAUGCCAUUUUACUUGUCGUUUUUUCUCACGAUGAAUGCUAUCAGUUGGUUCUCUUAUGGCGUAUCACUAAAGGACAUUUAUAUUGCGAUGCCCAAUGUACUGGGCUUCAUCUUCGGGUUUGUUCAGAUGGUACUGUAUGCAAUGUACAGGAAUUACAAGCCGGCUGUCAAAGAUGUCAAGCAACCAGAACAAGCUAUUGAUAUCGAGAAACUGAGCGUAAGUAUGACUUCGCAGGAGCAAUCAGAAUGCACUCAGACCAUCCAUGGUGAAAACAUUGAGAACAAGGGUGUGCCAGAUGAUAAUCAAACUGAUAACCAAGAGAAAAACAUGGAAACGUGCAACCAAGACCCACUCAGUAAAUGCUAAGUCUCUGUGUGAUGGACUUGUACCUAUUUCCUUUUAUUGCGUCUGUAGUUUAAAAUUUAUGUCUACAAGUGCAUCUCUUCCUCCCUCUGCUGAUGUACAAAUUCUUAUUGUAAAGGAGAGGACAAAUCCUGACAUAUAUGCAUUUGAUGCUCCCUGUUGUGGUGUUUCUCUACGUCAUGUAAGCCCACUGGAGCCUUCUCCUAUAAUAAGUUAAUAACAGUCAUGAUUAUAUAUUAUAUAUAUUUUCAUGGUAAUUAAUUAUUCUACUUUGAUA